AUGGAUCGGGAAACAUGGGAGGACGACCAGGAGGGAUGGUCCAUGUACCUUGACAAGAAGGCGGAGUUGAAGGAGGAGCAGCAUGCAUAUGUCACGGCACACCCGGAGCUGAAGCACCUCGUGUCAGAUUUCCUGCAGCACAUCAUCGUGCGCAAGCCCGACGACGUGUACCAGGCUGCCAAGGACUACUUUGCCCAAUUCAGAGAAGAUGAAGAUGAAGACGAAGCCGAAGACGAAGCCGAAGGAAACGAGACCAAUGGUACUGGCACAACAGCACAAUAGAAUGUGCCAUCAUCAUCAUCAUCAUCAUC